UAACCAGCGUGCGUGCGCACAUGCGUAAAGUGUAGUAGAGUCCGCGCAUGGCAGCUCGCGCCCUCCUGCUGCUCUGCCGUCCUCUGCCGCUGGUCUCUGCUGGUGAAGCCGAGCGGAGCGCGGCGCCUCUUCGUUUCUCUGCGCGGAUACAACCGCAGUUCGCAAGAUUGAAGCCGGAUGAGAGAGAGGAGGAGGGAGAAAUAUGAAGCUGGGUCACCGGAGCCGCGUCGCAUCGCCCGGACAGCUGUAAGGUCGGCGGACACACGCGUGGAUUCAUCAAAGGGCCGACGUUAAGGGCUUCUCUCUGUUUGACACUCAGCCAGCGACAGGAUGAUCGAGGAAGGCAGCAAACGAGGCAAGGCCAUGGUGGAGAAGAGACAGCUCUUCAUGGAAAUGAGAGCUCAAAACUUUGAUGUAAUCAGACUGUCGACGUACAGGACUGCCUGCAAACUCCGGUUUGUGCAGAAGAGAUGCAACCUUCAUCUGGUGGAUGUGUGGAACAUGAUCGAGGCGUUUCGUGACAACGGGCUCAACACGCUGGACCACAACGCCGAGAUCAACGUGUCGCGGCUGGAGACGAUCCUGUCCUCCAUCUACUACCAGCUCAACAAGCGGCUGCCCACCACCCACCAGAUCAACGUGGAUCAGUCCAUCGGGCUGCUGCUCAACUUCAUGGUGGCCACCUACGACAGUGAAAGCCAUGGGAAGCUGACCGUUUUCUCAAUGAAAGCCAUGCUGUCUACAAUGUGUGGAGGGAAGAUUGUGGACAAACUACGCUAUAUUUUCUCACAGAUCUCAGACUCAAAUGGAGUCAUGAUGUUUGCAAAGUUUGAUCAGUUUCUCCGGGAGGUGCUGAAGCUCCCCACAGCCGUGUUCGAGGGUCCGUCUUUCGGCUACACGGAGCACUCGGUGCGCACAUGCUUCCCUCAGCAGAAGAAGAUUAUGCUGAACACGUUUUUGGAUGUGUUGAUGGCAGACCCUCCCCCUCAAUGCCUCGUAUGGCUACCGCUCAUGCACCGACUUGCUAAUGUUGAAAAUGUCUUCCAUCCGGUGGAAUGUUCCUAUUGCCGGAGCGAGAGCAUGAUGGGUUUCCGGUACCGGUGCCAGCAGUGCCACGGCUACCAGCUGUGCCAGAGCUGCUUCUGGCGCGGCCAUGCCAACGGUCCCCAUAGCAACCAGCACCAGAUGAAGGAGCACUCUUCCUGGAAGUCUCCGGCCAAAAAGCUGAGCCACGCCAUCAGUAAAUCCCUCGGCUGCGUCCCCAUCGGAGAGCCGCCUCAUCCUGUGUUCCCCGAGCAGGCGGAGAGACCCCCGGAGCUCACCCACACUGUUCAGCCGAAACCAGGGGCCAACAACAUGAACGACACAAUGCUCAUGUCCUCUGGGGCGCCCACUCCUACCAAAAGUGUCUUGGAGAGUCCCAGUCGGCUGGAUGAGGAGCAUCGCCUCAUCGCUCGCUACGCCGCCCGCCUGGCAGCCGAGGCGGGAAACUCCACACAACAAUGUCCUCCGACAGAUUUGGGUUUCAACUUCGAUGCCAACAAGCAACAGAGACAGCUGAUCGCAGAGCUGGAGAACAAAAACAGAGAGAUCCUUCAGGAGAUCCAGCGGCUGCGUCUGGAGCACGAGCAGGCGUCCCAGCCGACCCCAGAGAAAGCCCAGCAGAACCCCACGCUGCUGACAGAACUGCGGCUCCUCAGACACAGGAAGGACGAGCUGGAGCGGCGCAUGUCGGCGCUGCAGGAGAGCAGACGGGAGCUGAUGGUGCAGCUGGAGGGACUCAUGAGGCUGCUGAAGGAUGAGGAGCAGAAGCAGGCUUCGCAGUCUGGAGGCUCCCCUCACUCCUCCCCCAGCCACGGGGCGGGCUGCUCCAUGCCGAUGCCCAUUCGCUCCACCUCGGCUGGGUCCACCCCCACCCACAACCCACAGGACUGCCUGGCCGGCGUGGGGGGCGACGUGCUCGAGGCCUUCGCUCAUGGUGUACCUAGAAAUCUUCGUAAUGAUCUAUUAGUUGCUGCUGACUCAAUCACAAACACCAUGUCGUCGCUGGUGAAAGAGCUCCACUCAGUUGAUGACGUGGCCUUGGAAGAGGAUGCGAACAUGAGGAACGGUGGGGACAGAAGCACAUUGAGAGUACAGAAGCACUGAGGAAACACAACCACCUGCAAGGACAAACAGUCAACAACUGGGAAGUAUCAGUAACAACAACAAUAACAACAACAACAACAACAACAACAACAAGCCCUGGCAUUAGCACGUAGAGUAAUGCAUGCUGUAAUCUAACAGGAUUUCACUAUGUGAAGAAAAAAAGUAUCUCUUCUCUUCACACCUUGCAGGUAGCAAGAUGUGUCUAAUUAGCGAGUGUGUAUGUUGUCCUGUAAACAAAAACUGCUGUAAUUAAUUAAUGAUUUCCCUCAUGAUGCUAAGGAAUGGCUUGCUGUGCUUCCCCCCCCCCCCCCCCCCCCCAAAUGUCCCAUGGCAGCAGAUCUUUCUGUAAAUAAACACUGUAAACACAAGACCACAGGAAACGCCCCGACAUGAAGGUGACAACAUGUUCCCUUUUAUUGGUUUUGUAUCAUUAGCGCUAGUGUUUAUCUUACUUUUACUUUUUUUUAUAAUUUUUGCAUGAAGUUGCACUUGUGUCUGGAUGUAGGUACUGUACCAAGCUAUGGCAGCUCUCUGUGGGUUUUCAUUGGUGUCAAGAGUGUCUCCGAGUUCACACAGAGUUUGUUUACCUGCACAUCCAUAUUCUAGAAUUCGUUACAAAAAAACGGUGACGUUUGUAAAAGCAGAAUCCUGGAUAUGCCCCGGUUUCUAAUAUUUUCAAAUCUUGUGAAAUGCAGUUAUUUGUUUUUACUUUCUGACAGCUGAAUAAGAUCAAUAUCUUUCCUACAAUUGUACCUGAAAUAUAAAGCUAGAGCCAGAAGAUGGUUAGCUUAGCAUAAAGAUAAGGAUACAACCUUAGCCUGGCUCUGCACAAAUGUAAACAUCAGGACUUCUAAGAGCCUUGCUGACAGCAUUAGCAUGGCAGUGAAGACUCAAGGAAGCAACUGUGUUUGGCUUGUCAGCUUUCUUACCAAGAAGUACAAGAAAUCUAUACGCUAAAUAUGAAGCUUUUACGAGCAGCUAUUUUGCCAACCUUAGCUAAAAGCCUGGAACAGCUAACUUUGCUCUUUCCAAAAGGUAACAAAAUCGACCUUCCUGCACCUCUAAAACGCUCUAAGUCUUUCUAAGGAUGUGGUGAUAUAUGUUAUUAUAGUAUACAGAGCAUAUUAAGAAACAAUACAAGCUAUCGAGAAUACUUUGUGCGUGUAAACAAACUCACUAGAGUCACUACUGUACUGCUGCUAUACUGGGCUCUCAGUGAGCCACCCCCUGCAAAUAAAGGGCUGUGCGAUCAAAAGAAACUAAGAGGCUACUACAAACACAAUAACGAGUCUCGUUGUUUUACUCCGCAAAAAAUGUACUGAACACCUGACAGCUGACAGCCUCAGUAUUUAAUGUUUAAGUGUAGGGAAGCACCUCAGGAUAACUAGCAAUGAAUUAGGCGUUUAGUUUUAGUUACAAUAUGCAGGAUACAGGAUGUAAGGAUGUAAGGUUGUAGCAAGUAGGAAAUGCUUUGAAAGCUUUAUUUAGUUAUCAAAGGAAUAUUAAAAAUGGUUAUGUGCAAUGGUGGUAGGUGCUCAGGGACUGCAGAGCUACUAUAGCUGAUAUAUAGCGGUAAUGUCCUUUAACUGCUCCACAUUAGGAGGUUAACGAUCAAUGAUGAGUACAAAUUGAGGGUUUCAUUCCAAACACAAUGUUUUUACACAAAGAAAACCUUUUGUGAUCCUUGUUGUGGGAUUAAGUCAAAACGUGCAAAAGUAGUUCAUUUGACUCUAAUUUAACUUAUACAUUUGUCUUGGAAUAAAACUCUUUAAAUAUCUAAAAGGAAAACAGCAAGUGAUUACCGCUGGUUAAAGAAUGUGGUUUAAAUGCUAUUUGGUGAAGCAUGUUGUUGGAUAGUUUGUCUGUGUGUGAAUUAGUGUCUUUCACAGGAAAUCAAAGAGAGGAUUUUCAUUGGGUCUAAAUAACAUUAUUUUUGUCCUUCAGGAUAAAAGAUUUGAAAUGUUUUUUUUUUGUGUGAAUUCAAUGUGAUAAAGGUCCAGGGAAGUAUUAGUAUGAAAUGCGCAGAAAGGAAGUCAAACGGACUGAAUCGAGCUGAAAACAUGACGUUUUUAUUUUGAAAUCUGUACAGUAAGCCUAUCCUAUAAGCUAAGUAAAAGGUAUCGACAACCUGCUACACUGUGUCAAGAAAAAUAACAAAAAGAGGCUCCUUUGUUAUUUUAAAUGUGAUGUUUUUAUUCAGUUCUGCUCUGUUAUUAUCGUUUAGUAUUAGUGGAGUACAGUCAGUGUAAUGCGUUUGUCAAACAGAGAUUCACAUGCAUACUCGCGCCUGAAUAGUCGCCAAAAUACGAAAAAAGUAGAAAGUACAACAUUUUAAAUUCUGUGACCUCUAAUGACAAAGUUUGUUCAGUCGGAAAGGGUCCAGCAAAUACUUCAAAUGCAGAGGUAAAGAUUUAAGAAGUGACUGUCUUGCCCUUCAUCCUUUCAGUUUGUGCCUGUAGCUGUUCUGUAAAGUGCUGUACAAAGUAACCAUUCAGCAGAUAAGAUAAUCCAUCCGCCUUUAUGUCUGUGACUGUAGAUAUUUUUAUUUAUUUAUUUAAUGUGUUAUGAGGGGGAAACUCAUGCUCAGCCUUUACAUUUGUGCCAAACUGUUUGUGUGUCAUACAAAGUACAGGUAUAUAUCAAAGUAUAUCUGCGUUAGUAUGUUGUUGUUGCCCAUCGUUUAUUCACAGACUACCCGGAGAUGUUAUUGGUUUCCUGCUGGAAAACAUUUAAUAUAGACAGACGACACAUUCCAGAUCGACUGAUAGACUCACGGAUGUCAUUAAAUGUGGAGGCAAUACAAAUAAAACCAUCCAUUGUGAUCCUGUUAUUGUUUGCAGAGAGACAAUGUGCAAAGAGCAACAACGCCCCCCCCCCGGUGUUAUUUAUCUAUGUCUGUGUUCUGUACGGUUACGCUUCUGCUACACAUUUGUUUCUCGUGUUGAUUUUACAAAAACAUAGUUUUAUGCCACAAAGCCACUGUCUUUUGUAAAUAAAUCAAAUGUGAGAUAUAUUAAAAAGAUUUAAAAUAUGG